UGCAGGGAGUGUCCUGGGCUCCCCUCCUCCAUCUGACUUAGGGGAGGAUGAUUUACUAUUGCAAGAUGGUAAGAGGAUGCCAAGAGGCAAGGACAACUCCUAGACUUAUGACUUAAAUAAUUUGAUGCCCUUAUUGAACCAGAGAACAUAAGAGAGGGAUGAGGUGCUCAGGAGUGAGGGAUUAUGAUGUGACCUUUGAUUAUGUUGAGAUUUAGGCACCUGCAGGACAUCGGAGAAGAGAAAACUGCUCGACAAAAGGAUCUAGAUCUCAGGAGAGCCAUCAGGAUUGCAGGACUCAAGAAGAUCCACUGAGAAAGCUAGUAGGCCUUAAAAAAGAGUCCUUCUGGGAAAUGCAGCUUUCUGAGACUGGCAAAACUAGCUGGGAAGCAUCACGGAACCUCAUGAGGAAUGGCCCUGACGGCAGGUCCAGUUUACCCCAGUGGGAUGCUUCGCUCUCCAGCUAGAAAAUGGACAGUUCCUUGUAUAAGGACUGCAGUGCAGCUGACAGCAGAAGUGUUUCAGAGAUUUGUACUCCAUUCGUGAUAAGCAGGGUGCACUCCAGGCUCAGGUACAAAUAUGUCAGCAGAAGAUUGCUGCUGUGCGGACCCAGGAACAAGAGCUGGAGGAACGGAGCUGUGACCUGGAGAAGGCUUGGCAAGAAGUAGAGUUCCAGGCUAUGGCUUCAGGUGGCAGAGAAGGAUGGCAUGCUUUCCAUAACCAUUUCCUCCACUUGCAUAUAGAAGGUGAAGCGAUUACAACAGCUGCUAAUCAACCAGAAGGCACAGUAUGACUCUGAGUUGAAGAGAAGGGAGAAGGAGCUGGGGAAGCUUAAGGAGCGGGUGCAGCACAUGAAGGGGGAACGGCAGAAUCGCCAGGGAAGUCAGUCUCUGGGUUGUGAAGGGGAGCUUUCCUAGGAGAAAGCUCCUCACCAUCCACACACCUUCUCUUUCCUCCUUUCCCACCUAGAGGCUGAUAUUCUCAACAACCUGAAGCAGUCCAAUGGGAAGCAGACCAUGUGGAAAAUCGGCAAAGCUAACAGAAAGAGGGAGAGUUGUUCCAGACAGUGGUGAGAAACCUGGAGAACCAAGUGGCAGCAGUUUCCAGGAAAAAUGAAGAACUCAGGCAGUUGCUGACCAGGCUAGACAGGGAUGUGGCUAGAACCCUGGGUUGCCCGUGGGACAGUCCUACUGUGCGUUUUCUUGCAUGGAAAGAGGCAGGAAUAGACCUUUAGUCAGGCUCCUGAUGUUCUAAAUAUAUCUUUUUCAACUGUAAGAUGAGGUGGGAGGUGGUGAUGUUUUCUCAGCAGGAGCCAGAUGGGUAACAUUCCAGUUUCUAGAAGGCUUCUGCCUUGGUCCAAAACUUCAGGCUUGCUGGAUCGUCUUCAUCGAAGACUGACCCAAGUUUUCCUCCUCUUUCCCAGUGGGUACCGUCUUCCCCUCCCCAGAAAGCCCACGUGGCCAUAGCUAUGGAUUGUGGUGCAGUGUGGGAACGUUGGAGUUGCCUCAAGCAGGAAGGCAAGCCUGCAGAAGAGCUUCUAGGCAGAGACCCCACUAUCAGCAUUGCUGACCACGACAAGGAGCUGCUCCAGCUGCUGCAGGAGAGUCAACGGAGUUGGCACUUCGUCGCCUGGCAACAGAGCUGCUUCCAGGAAGAGCAGAGGCUGAAGGAGGCCCAGGCCCUCUUUGCUCAGGAGCGGGCGCACUUUAAGGCGGAGAGAUACCACUUCACCGAAGCCGCCAUUCGUCGGGGCCUUGAGAUAGAGAUGGAGCGAUCUCUGUUUCUGAAGGAGCAGCUGCUAGGAUUCUCUCUGUACAGUUCUUCCCAGGCAAAGACCAUAAGUCCCGGUCCGGAUUCGCCAGGACUCCGAAACAGGGACCCUGCAUCUUGGUGCCGUGUUUCGUGUUCCAUCUCUGGAUUCAGUAAAAGCCCAGGCAAGUGCCCUGUAUCCCAGAAUGUUACCGCACUGCAGGGGUCUACCUACUUCCUCAUCUCCCAGGUAGAAGAGUACACUGGGAUCGCUGCAAACCGAAAGGAAAUGAUCCCAGUUUUCCACCUGAUUUGCUAGAUGGCUUCUUGAACAGUUUCCUCUGACAAGUCCGUUCCUUACUGGUACUUCAGAGAUGAAAGGGACGGGGGUGUGAAAGAGUUAGAUUUUGUUUUUUAAUGUUGUGGAAAGCCCUAUUUUUAAAAUUGUUGUGCGUCUUAAUAAAGAGAAUACAUCCUUUAUUGAAAUAGGUGUGGACGUUUAAGGGUUGGGUGUACUGGUUCUCAAGAGAGAAUGAGUCAUGGAAGAAGAGAGUAGAGUGGUUGGGAGUGGAGAGAGAUGACUGAGAGAAGAGAUAUGGAGAAGUGCUCUUCUUCCCUUAAAAAAUAAGAUGAAGUAUUUUAUG